UCUCCAUUCUCCUUCUCUCCCGGUUUUCUAUCUUUGUGUGGCAUUCUCUCCCCCUUCGGAAAAGAGGGGAGAACGAAAGGUCGGAUAAAAAUAAGUAGGCAAGCCCCAAAACGACAGAGAGGGCGCGCUUGGCACAGUGUUACAAGGGUCGGAGUGCGGGACAGGUCGUGACUGCGAGAGGCUCUGCUGUUUUCAGUUUCAAGCUCCGCCUCCUUUUCUCUCUCUCUGCGUGUGUGUGUGUGUGUGACUUUCCAAAUGGGACUAUUUUUUCACGUUGAUUGCAACUGAUUACACACAUUCAUGUUUGUUGGAUGAUGAUUGGAGCGUGAACCGGUCGAUUUCCUCGAUUGUGUGUGGGCGAGGGUCGUGAGAAGAUUUUUUGGGUUUUUUUUUCCAACCGGCAGCCAUUAGGAAAUAAAACGGGAGAACCGAAAUUUCGAUUGAAUUAAUAAGAAGAAAAGAAGAAAGAAGAAAAGAAGAAAAGCCAAGUUGGGGAAAUUCGAAUCAGGUGCCACUGGAUGCCGAUGAGGAUGGACACGUCCACUUCGGCGAUCAGGAUGGACACGUCCACUUCGGCGAUCAACCUCGUUGCGGGGGACAAGACGCCGCGUGGAGCCAUGGCCCUCUCCGUCGAGUACUGCGUCGUCUGCGGUGACAGAGCCUCAGGGCGCCAUUAUGGAGCCAUCAGUUGCGAGGGCUGCAAAGGCUUUUUCAAGCGCUCCAUCCGGAAGCAGUUGGGCUACACGUGCCGCGGCGGAAAGGAUUGCGAAGUGACCAAACACCACCGCAACCGGUGCCAGUACUGCCGACUCCAGAAAUGUCUCUCCAUGGGCAUGCGAAGCGAUUACUCUCACCGUCCAGCGGUUCAAUCGGAGCGGAAGCCAGCCGGCGACAAGAAAUCCGAGUCGCCGUCGUCUCAGCUGUUGACGUCGGCCAACUUUUUACUGCGCGGCGAUCUCUCAUCGGCGGCCAACGCCGCUCUUUCAGCCUCUGGACAAAACGUUUCAUCGCCAGGCCUCCUCAAACCCUUUGCAUGGAACGCGGAUCUCAGCACGUUGGCCAGCGUGGUGACGUCGUUGGCCGGCAUGCGCUCAGCCGAGGCCUUUGGCGCCGUCAGCGCCAAUGCGAUGAACCAUCGAGGAGCCUCGCCGGCCGAUCGACCCGAUCGUGGAACCAUCAGCGGCAAUGCUCUCGUAGCCUAUUCACACAAUCAUCACCACCACCACCACGAGCGUGGUGGCGGCCAAAAUGUCAAAAUGGAGGAGGAAGAUGAUUCGGAUGACGAAGAUUCGGCGUCGACCACCAACGACGAAGCCGCCGUCGCCAACGCACUUCACUUGGCGAAAGAAAACCUCAUUUCAAAAGCCUUUGACACCAUGGCCAAGAACAUGAAUGGUGGGGACACGUCGAGCACGGGAGCCGAUUACGAAGAUGACGGCCUUUACGAGUUGGAUGGUCCCCUACUGUCUGACGGCAACGUCUCGUUCCAGCUGACUACGCCGUCACCUAUGCCCGUCUUCCUCAAUGCUCAUUUCAUCUGCGAGAGUGCCUCGCGGCUCCUGUUCCUCUCGGUACACUGGGCACGAUCCAUCGGCGCCUUCCAGCUGCUCUCGUCCGACACUCAAAUCGAACUCGUUCGCGGCUGCUGGUCCGAACUCUUUGCCCUGGGCAUGGCCCAGUGCUCUCACAUCAUGUCCCUGCCGGCCAUUCUGACGGCCAUCAUCACCCACCUUCAAGCCUCCGUCGCCCAGGACAAAGUCUCUGCACAGCGAGUCAAAUUGGUGACGGAGCACGUUUUGCAGUUGCAAGAUUACGUCAACACCAUGUCCAAGCUACAGGUCGACGAGCACGAAUACGCUUACUUGAAAGCCAUUGCCCUCUUUAGUCCAGAUCACGCGGGGUCGACUGGCCGUCAGGUGGAGCGUUUCCAGGACAAGGCUGUCAAAGAAUUGCGGACGUACGUGACGCAAACGUGGAACGAAGAGGCUGAGGACCGAUUCCCACGGCUCCUGUUGCGGCUUCCGCCGCUCCGCUCACUCCAGCCGGGACUGAUGGAGGAGCUCUUUUUCGCCGCUCUGAUCGGCACCGUCCACAUCGACUCGGUCAUUCCCUACAUCCUCCGCAUGGAUUCGACAGAGUACAACGGGCAAUUCGGCGGAGCAAUGGCUAGCCCAAGUCCCCGAGGCCAACAGUCGUCUUCCUCUCCAUUGCCGGGCAACCAUCGAACGCAGUCGCGCUCUCCAGCCGGCCAUUAAUAACAUUUACAAGUUGUCCCGAACACCUCCCACGUACAGUUUUUUUGUUUCUACUUUCAAAUAAUGAAGAAAAGACAUUUCGAUUGAUUUUUUUUCCUCCCACCCGACAAUCGAGCCUCCUGCUUGUCUGUAAAAAAAACUGGAUCGAUGUGAAAUGUGUGCAUAUAUUAUACCACAUUUAUAUAUUAAAAACAAUUUUUUUUUUCUUUCUUCUUUUGGGUGUGUUUCAGAGUGAUCCAGCCGAGUGAAAUACUAUAUACGAAAAAAGUGUUCGUGUGUGUGUGGCUGUUUAAUUAUUUUUUUUUCUCUUUCCCUCAAUUGAAAUUCAACUUUUCUUUAUUUUAUUUCUACGAAUGGAUCAUCACUUUACCACCCUUUGAAUAUAUGACAGACAACUUGCACUCCUGAUUCAUUAUUUAUAUAUAUCUAUAUCCAUUUCCGCAAAAGAAAAAACAGUGAAGGUGUUUCUGUUUCUCUUGCAAAAAGAAAAAGUGCCUCUUUUUUCUCUUCGAUUUAGAUGGCCUUUUUUCCACCCCUUCUCCUCCUCGAUUGAUUUAUUAUUAUAUACAGUAUGUUGUGUUUAUAUAUCUAGUACCAAGGACAAAUCCUAAAAAAAAAAAGAAAUCUUGGAAAGAAGCGAAAAAUUAUGUUUUUUUUUGUGUGUGUGUUGGUGUGUGUAAAACUUCACUCUUAUAAUUAUAUUUUACUCCCUAUUUUUGACGUGGUUGUGUUUCCUUAAUUUCAACCCCUCCCUCCCACCUCUCCUUUAUUGACUUAAUAACGACCGAGAUCGGCAAACAAAAAAACAAUUUAUAAAUAAUCCUGACGCAAAAAUAAAAGAAGAAAAACCGAAACAAAAAUCUUCACGUUUCCGCACUGCCUAGCUCUACAUCAAACCCAGUUUCCAAAAGAAAAAAACCACAAACAGCACGGACAUUAUUUAAAAAAAAAAGAAAAACCCAGGAUUUAUAUAUAUACAUAUACAUAGAAAGAAGAAACCAUUUGUAACUGCCCCACCACCACCAUCCUUUCUCCCACCUUAUACGUCAGCUGACUGGCUGAAAUAAUGGCUGCCGCAGUUUUAUUUCCUUUACAUGUCUAUUUCGAGUGUCGGUAUUUUUCUAUAAAUACAAAAUUCCUUUCUCUUGGAUGGACGAAGAAACAAACAAACGAUUAAGUGAUGAGUGUCCAGGGGGUAGGACUUGAAUUGAGUUUU